CCGGCCACGUGGGUCUUUAACGUCCACUUUGUAACCGCCCGCCGGUGGCGUGCUCGCCGGACACGGCGUGGGGGAGCACCGCUGACCGGUAGACAGCUACAACUACCUUGACUGACCCCGGCCCGAGUACUUGAGCUCGGGCACUGCGGUACCGUGAGCGAACAGCGUUGAGUCGUCCUCGGGCGGGCACGCGAAACGUGGCGAGGGUUGCAACAGGGGCAACGGAGGCGAGGAAAGUAAACAGCACGCGUACACUGAGCACCUGCAACGCACACGAAGGUAACGUGGAUGGGUGGCCAGCACCACGCCCGGCCGCCUUUGUCUCCCCGGUGCCGAUGUGUACACAUCGCACCAGGCCCUCGUUUGAGGCUGAUUCGACCUAGGGGAGGGCUCGGCACAGAUUCAGAGAAUCCGUGACUUGGUGUUGGCCAAGAGCGGGAAUCUCACUCGGGUUCGCCCGCCGGGUCCGCUAACCACUCACUCCACCGCUAACCACUCACACCACCGCUCCUCACUCCACCGCUAAUCACUCACACCACCGCUCCCAACUCACACCACCGCUCCCCACUCACACCACCGCUAACCACUUACACCACCGCUCCCCACUCACACCACUGCUCCCCACCGCACUCCCCGAAACACACACACGUCCUCGCACGGUUGGGGCUGACAGACGCGCUGAUAACAACGGCACACACACGAACCCACGCGCGCGUGUGCGCACGUGUUGGGACAGCCGUUUCUAAGCACGCCGCUCUCAGGGCAACUAGCGUCCCCCCCCUCUUCAACCCCCCUCCAUCGUUUCAUCCAUCCCUCUCACUUGGAUGCACACGCAUUCACACACACGCAUGUACAGGAACAGACACACACACACUCGUACAGAGAGAGACGCGCGCGCAGUCGCACACUUGCUACUCGCGUGCGCACGCAGAGGCACACUUGCUACGUACACGAGCAAAGGAGUUCACACGGAGACAAAGACAGGCAGAGAUCACCCGUGCACUCUACAGUCUAUGUAGACUGCUGGUGCUAUUAGCGAACGCGGCGCACGAUAAGCGGUGGUGUGGUGAAACCCCACGCGUAGGAGUACACUCAUAUAUAGGCCUGCAACUCAUUCAUAUAGCGUGCGUACAGUACUGACGCACACGCAUACACACAAGUAGUACACAGAAGCACUCGCACAACAGUGAACGCGCUCACAGGCGUAUACAUGCACACGCAGGUACACUCACGUCGACACACUCUCACACACACAGACACACACUCUCAUCAAACACUCACACACUCACACACAGACACACACUCUCACACACACAGACACACUCACACACACAGACAUACACACAGACACACAGACAAACUCUCACACCACACUCAGACCACACACAGACACACACUCACACACGUGUCUCCCGCUCCAUUCAUAGCUAGAUCGCGCUUCAAUCACGGUCGGCACAAAUCCACCACCACCACCGCCGCCGCCUUGAGGCUCAUCACUCCCCUCCCCCCGCACCUCGUCUCGAGCUUCGGCCUCUUGCCGUACAGCAGCAGCAGCAGCUGAGCAGCAGCAGCAGCAGCGACGAAGCAGUGUGCACGGCGCGAUCGAGAAGACGACCCGAGGCAGUGCUUUAGGAGGAGCCGGCGCUGCGAUGUCCUCUUCCCGGCGGCACAGGAGCGCGUCCGGGGUGCGACCUCCGAUGGAGGAUAGAGACUGCGAGAUCGAUCGUCUGGGACGCACGCUCAGCGGGGGGCUUCCGCACGAUGUCGUCUCCCUCGAAGCCAAGAACCGCAGCAACGAGAAACUCAUAUCUCACCUCAACCUGCAGGUGGAGUACCUUCAGCAGGCAAACCGCGACCUGCAGGAGCGCACGUCGCGCCUCUCGGAGCGCGAGCACAGCAAGGAGUGCGAGGCGGCGGAGCUGAGCGUGCGCAACGAGGAGCUGUGCCGCGAACUCACCGACAUCGACGCUCUCGCGCAGCAGAUGGAGCGCGAGCGCGACUCCACGCUGCUCUCCGCUCGCCGAGAGCUCGACACCGCCAAGUCUGAAAACAAGCAUCUGCAGAGAGAAGUUGAAGCAUAUGAAGAUAAAGUUGCUAAGCUGAGAUCCGAGUCGGGCGAGGCGGAGGCGGAGGUGGUGAGGCUGCGCGUGGAGCUGGAGUCUCGCGCCACCGAAAGCCGCCGGCUCUCCGAGCUGCUCGACUCGGCGCAGGACGAAAAGCAGCGGCUCAGCAACCGGCUCAACAAGCUCACCGUCACUGAGCGCGAGCUGGUGCUGGAGGUGGAGCGGCUGAAGCGACGCAACGGCGGCGGCUGCGGCAAGGAGCGCGUGUCGCCGUCGCGCCUCGACUCGUUCGUGCGCACGCUCGAGGAGGAGAGGGACCACUUCCGCGCCGAGGCGGACCGCCUGGCGGCGCUGCUGCGGGCCGGCGCCUCGAGCCCCACGCGCAGCCCCACGCGCCACCGCAGCCCGAGCCGCACCUCCCCCGUCAAGGGCGGCACCUACGAGUCCAGGCUGGUGCAGGUGACGCGGGAGCGCGACGAGCUACAGGGCAUGCUGGACAAGUUCGAGCGCCACAUCGCCGAGAUCCAGGGCAACGUGAAGGUGCUCACGGCCGAGCGCGACAAGACCAACUCUCUCUACCAGCAGUCCCAGGAGGAGCUCGCUCGCCUGCGCCGGGAAGCCGUGCGGAGCCCCAAGUCGGCGCGCGCGGGGCUGGGCGCCCAAGCCGUGCUGCGGCGCGUGGAGCGCGAGCGGGACGACGCCAUCGCCGACCUGAGACGCAUGACGACCGAGCGCGACAGCCUGCGCCAGCGGCUACAGAUUGCGCAGGAGACGGCGAUCAGCGAGCGGGCGAGGCUGGAGCAGCGGCUGGAGGACGUGGAGGCGAACGCUCUUACGUUGGAGGGAGAGCGCUCGGACCUGCGCGCUCGAAGCGCCGCCCUCAAGGACUCGGUGGCCGGGCUGGAGGAGGAGGUCAAGGGUCAGGCGCGCAGGCUGGCUGAGCGGGAGGACGAGCUUGCGCGGCACAAGUCCGAGCUCGGCUCCCUGAGGCUUCUGAACGAGCAAGCGGAGGAGGCCGUCUCGGAGGUGCAGCGCCGCCUCGUUGCCAAGUCCGCCGAGCUACAGUCCACGCAGGACCGGGGCGCCAGGCUCGACGACAAAAUCGAUUUCACAGUCGAUUUGAUCUUAGCUGGUGACGACGACGACGCUAUCAGAGGACGGGGGAGAGCGUCGUGCUGGUGCGACGUGACUAAUCGGGGUGGCAUGUCGUGCCCGCGCGCGGCAGCCGAGCUGACUCGGCACAACGCGAACCUGCGCGAGGAGGUGGCGUCGCUGCGCGCGGCGGUCUCUGAUCUGGACCGCGAGAAGGACGGCCUCCAAGAGGCCGUGGACGACAAGACGGAGGCCAUCGUCGUCCUGGAGGAGAGGCUCGCGCAGAAGGAUAAGAGCAUCGGAGACCUGCGGGUGACGGCGUCCGAGCUGCAGUCGACGCUCGACCGUGCUCGUGACUCGCUGGGCGGGCGCGAGCGCGAGGUGGUGUCGCUGCGGCGCCAGCUCGACUCGGUGAGCGUCGAGCUCAGCGAAACGGGGCACGGCCGCGAGGUGGCCGUCCGCGAGAACCACCGCCUGCAGGAUGACCUGGUCACCAUGACGCGCGAGAACCAGACGGUGAACCACGAGCUGGAGGACGCGCUGCAGCAGCGUGAGCAGCUCAAACUCAAGGUGCAGGAUUACGUGGCGGAGGUGGCGCGCGUGGAGGCGCUCCUUGCCGGCAAGGAACACGAGAACCGCGAGCUGCUGGAGCAGUUCCGCCGCGCGAGCAACCAGGCGGAGACGUGGGAGGUGAAGGCCACGGAGGCGGAGGGGCAGACGAGCAACGUGCGGCUGGAGCUGCUCUCCACCGACACGGAGCGCCGGCACCUGCGCGAGCACGUCGAGCGCCUCGAGCGCGAGAUACAGGAGCACGAGGCGGCGCAGCAGGCGUACGAGACGCAGGCCUCGUCGCUGGAGCAGACGCUGGCGCGGCGCGAGGCCGAGCUGCGGCAGGUGCAGGCGGAGCGCGGCGCGGCGCAGGCCGACCUGGCCUCGGUGCGGGAGCUCUGCGUGAAGCUCGACUCGGCCAAGGAGACGCUGUCGCGCCAACUCACGGCCACCAAGGUCGAUCACGAACGGGCUCUCGGGGAGCUGGAGAGCGCCCGCACGGAGGUGGAAAUGACGCGCAAGCAGGUGGGCAGCGAGCGGGCGGCCGUGCGCAGCCUGGAGGCCCUGCUGGCUUCGGGGCGCGAGAAGGAGUUCCACAGCCACCUGUCAAGCCAGGAGCGCGAGUCGGAGAUCGGCCUCCUGCGGGAGAGGCUCACGCUCGCCGACAGCAAAGCGGUGAGCCAGUCGAGAGAGGUGGUCCAGCUUCGCAGCAAGGCCACGCAGCUCGAGUCUGAGCUGGAGCUCACCAAGCGCCAGCUCACCACCGAGCGCUUUGAGAGGGAGCGCGCGGUGCAGGAGUUGCGACGUCACGGCCUGGCCACGUCGCUGAGCGCAUCGUCGUCCUCUCCUCUCCGCUCCUCGCACAGCCCGCGCGGACGCUCCCCUGAACGGAGCGUCUCCUUCAGAGAUUGAAGGACCCCCGCGGCUGGGUGGUACGGGUGGCCACGGGGCCCCACGUCUGCCGCCUGAGGGUUAAUGCCGCGGGCCUCUCGUCGCCGAGAUCGGCAGGAGAGCUGUGGGGAUCGUGGGCCGCUCGCCGUGUGAACCUGUGUGAAGCGCAUCCUCCUACCUGUGCGAUUUCGUUGUGCUUCUUUGUGAAUACGUUUGAACAAAUAUUGGGUGCUAUAUUGUAUUUUAAAAACAUAAUUUGUGUUUUGCGUUGUUGUUUUUUUACGUGUGCGUUAUGGCUAACUUUAUUUUUGUACUUUAUUAAUCUCCUAUUGGUGAAUAAAAAUGUUAUGCUAUAAUCAAUUGCCAAAAGUAAAUUUUAUAUAUUUUUCUUCUUUGCAAUAAUUUCCCUGCUCGUGCAGUAACCGUAACGCGGCUCACGAGCACCUCUGACUUUGCCCGCGGGAUCGUGUUACGCAUAUUACACGUGGCAAGCGUCUGUGCGACUGUCUCCGUGCCACCAGUCCUUCAAGUCCGGAUGCAACAGCGGUCAUUCGUGGUGGCGCCUGCCCCACGCGACGCGAUCGCACCGUCGCGUGGCACCAUCGCGCGUUCCGUCCUCCCGCUCGGGGAUCGGAGGCUCGACGUGUCAUGGGUCGCCACGAUAGGUGGAAAAAAAAAAUCACGAUGGAAACCGCCGUCCCCACCGGACGCAGGCAGGACUUUCCACCUCUCCGCGGUCGGAACGCGCGAGCGAUGUACCCGUCGGCAGCCUGCCUCCAGUUACAGUCCAGUGGCCUGCUCGUGAUGAGUCGAUAUGGGUGUAAAUAAAACAUUGCGUUUUGACCAU